AUGAAGGUCGUCACAACGGGACGUUUGAAUGUCGCUUUCGCCAAUUUGAAAAUCACACGCUUUGAGUUUGAAUCAACAAAUUAUACAGAGUACGUUCCAAGGCUACGUUUUAGCGAGUUCUCAAACUCCCCAAAUGUUCUCAUAAAUGAAUAUGGCGUUCCGCAAAAGACAAUGCGGUUCUUAGAGAUUGGUGAAGGUUUAGAUCUCAUGCAAGAAGUUUUUGCGUAUACCAUUGACUACCCAAACUCGGGACCACAGGAGGCAUUACGGAUCCUUUCAUCCCAAAAUUUGAAUCAAAAUAUGGCACACAUGGUCAAUCAUUCACUAGGGAUGUUAAAUUCACCAAAAAAUGAUAUUAAAAACGACACAUCAAAUUUUAGCGGUGCACCGCCAACUCCUAAUGCUAAUGACUUGCAGACAUCGUCGACGACCCCGGUUAGGACACCUACUCCGAUACAUACACCUACACCAACUCCCAAGUCAACACCAUCACCGUUAGCGGUAAAUGGUGCUAUCGGGUCACCGCACCACAAACUUCACACAAAAUCUCCGGCUAUUGGAGGUGGUAAUUCAUAUUGA